GAUUAGUAUGAAUUAUUGUAGAAAUUUACCUACCAGUAAAUAGACUCAAACAGUUAGCAAUAAAAUAGUGACAUUUGCCCUAUCUUUAUAUUAUAAAAAGAAAGGAAUUGAUUUUUCCAUUUAAGUUUAUAAUAUUGGUGGCAUAUUUCUCAGCCUUGUAAGCUUAAUUUAUUACUAAAAAUAUGAGUCUCAAAUUGUAUUAUGAUUUAUUAUCACAGCCAAGUAGAGCUCUCUAUAUAUUUUUAAAAGUUUGUGAUAUACCAUUUGAAGGAAAAUUUGUAAAUUUAGCGAAAGGUGAACAUCUUAAUCCAGAGUAUCAAAGGAUCCAUCCUUUUCAAAAAGUACCUGCCAUUGAGCACAAUGGUUUUAACAUGAUGGAGAGUGUUGCAAUUUUAAGAUAUCUCUGCAGAGAAUUUAAGGUAGCUGAUCAUUGGUACCCUCAAGACUUAAAACUUCAACUUAAAGUUGAUGAAUAUCUUGAAUGGCAGCAUCUUAAUACAAGACUAAAUUGUGCUUCAUACUUUUUUAUGAAGUACAUGAAACCAUUAUUAACUGGAAAAUCAAUGAACCCAGAAAGUCUAAUGCAAUAUGAAAAACGCAUGAUGCAAACACUUGAUGAUCUAGAAAAUUUCUGGUUAAAAGACAAAAACUUUUUAACUGGUUCUAAAAUCAGCAUUGCUGAUAUUCUAGGGUCAUGUGAGAUAGAACAAGUUCGAAUAGUUGGGUAUAAUCCAGAAGAGAAUCGGCCUCAUUUAACUGCAUGGAUGAAAAGAGUUGCAGAUAAAACAAGUCCUUAUUAUCAGGAAGCUCAUGUACUUUUAAAUAAGCUUACAAGUAAGGUAAAACAAGAGGGAUUAAAAAGCAAGUUUUAAUAAUCAUGAAUUUUGAAUCUAUGCUCACUCAUUUAAGAAUUACAUAAGAAUUUGUUUAUAAUUUUCUUAUAUUUGUUACAAAAUAAUAUUUUUAUUCGUAACGUUUUAAAAAAUAUGUUUUGAAAAAUAUAUAAUUUGUUUUUUAAAUAAUUAAAAAAAAUGUGAGUAAUCAAGAUAUAUUUUUUUAUUAAACAUGUAUCAGGUACAUAUGUGUGCGAAUGUAGUAGUGUUUUACUAUAUUAGAUGUGUAUGAUACGAAGUAUACCAGUCUUAUUGCACAACAAAGUUAUAUUAUAAAAUGUUAAACAUAUAUAUUAUUGUUAUUGUUGUAUUAUUAUAUGAUACUACAUUUGAAAA